GGAAGCCCAUCUUUCAUAUAGAAGCACUACCAUGAACGAUGGAUGCAGUCAUCCAGAAAACUUAGGUGUGAAUAAGUGUCUUGUGCAUAGGUGUUAAUAAGUAGAACAGAAAUUGAAGAGGUUUCUGAGGAAUCCUUUUGUUAUUUUUCUCCUCAAUAGCUUGUGCUUUUGAUAUUACAGUUGGAAAAGGUGAAGUAGAUAAAGCAUGAGAGAGACUGAAAAGAAGAAAGCUUUGCCAAACAAAAAUCAUGUAAAACAUGCUGGAAGAGGGGAUCAGGGAGAACGUAAGCCGUCUCAAGAAAAUACCUGCAAAAAGUUGAAUGCAAAAGAAGUUGAAUCUAAAAUUUUAGACGCUAGGCCAGGUUCCACCAUCUCAGUUAGUGAUUCAACUGAAGUAUAUGAAAACAUGGUUAUAGAUUAUGUGGAUGAUAUCUACAGGUCUGAGGAGGCGGCAGUAGAUUCGGUAACCCAGGAAAUGGCUGCCAAAGAGAACAAAGAUGAUUUAGAAGAUCAUUCAAGCGAUACGGAAAAGGAUUGUAAGCAAGUUAAGGAAGAAGAAUCUGACUGUGAGACUGUGAAAGAUUCUGUAUCAUCUCAAGGGGAUGCGCAAACAACUGAGGAUGACAAGGUAGAAAGAGCUUCAAGGGUUCCUAAAAAGCUUGUGAAAAAGGACUCCUCUGAAAGCUGUCCCCGUGCAUCAAGAGCAAGAACUGAUCGGCAUGAAGCGAAUAAAACACAAAUCAAAGCUUCACAUGGUACAAAGAAAUCAGUGAAAUCUAAAAGCGUGUCAUCUAAAGUGACUGCUAAAACCAUUGAUGAUGACAAAUCAAAGAACAUGAAAGUUUAUCCUAGGCCUUCAUCAGAAUCAUCUGAAGGAGUUGAUGAUAAGUCCAUUGAAGAGGUAAGGGAGAUGGAUAUCUUGGAUGAGGCACCAAAUGGUACUCAGAGCAUUGGUAGCGACAAUGAAUCUGUUGAUGCAGAAGGAAAUGGUGUGGAUGAAGAAAACGAAGUUCUAAAUCAAACGAUUGAAGAAAUGGAACUACGAAUAGAGAAACUUGAAGAAGAGGUAAGAGAAAUUGCUGCUCUUGAGAUCUCACUUUAUUCUAUUGUACCAGAGCAUGGGAGCUCAGCCCAUAAGGUGCACACUCCUGCUCGACGCCUUUCAAGACUGUAUAUUCAUGCAUGCAAGCAUUGGACGCAAGACAAGCGAGCGAGCGUUGCUAGAAACACAGUCUCAGGGCUUGUACUGAUAGCCAAGUCUUGUGGUAACGAUGUCCCAAGAUUGGCCUUCUGGUUGUCAAACGCCAUAGUCCUAAGAGAGAUUAUCUCUCAAGCAUUUGGCAAUCUGCAUCAUUCAGUACCAAGGGUCAUUGAGUUAAAUGGUGUCAGCAAGAUAAGUGAAAGCAAACCUUCGUCAUUGAAGUGGAAAGGGAUUUCUGGAAGUAAACAAGUGAAGAAGCUUGGUUUCAUCCAACUUGUUGAUGACUGGCAGGAAACAACCACAUUUACAGCUGCCCUAGAAAAGGUGGAAUGCUGGAUUUUCUCUCGGAUUAUUGAGUCAGUGUGGUGGCAGACCUUAACUCCGCACAUGCAAUCUCCAGUUGAGGAUUUGUAUGCCAACAAAACGUUUGGAAGACUGUUGGGACCAGCUUUGGGUGAUCAGCAGCAGGGAAGCUUUUCCAUUAACCUUUGGAAAAGUGCUUUCCAGGAUGCUUUACAAAAACUGUGUCCUGUCCGAGCAGGAGGGCAUGAGUGCGGUUGCUUGCCAGUGUUGGCAAGAAUGGUAAUGGAACAGUGUGUGGCCAGGCUGGAUGUGGCAAUGUUUAAUGCUAUUCUGCGUGAAUCAGCCCAUGAGAUUCCAACUGAUCCUGUAUCAGAUCCCAUUAUUGAUCCCAAGGUGCUGCCUAUUCCAGCUGGCGACCUCAGCUUUGGAUCUGGUGCACAACUCAAAAAUUCUAUUGGCAAUUGGUCUAGAUGGCUAACAGAUAUGUUUGGUAUGGACACUGAUGAGUCCCUGAAGGAAGAUAAGGUCAACGGCUACGAUGAAAACGGACGAUGCAGGGAUACUGAGCUCAAAUCCUUCCGUCUACUAAAUGAAUUGAGUGAUCUUCUGAUGCUCCCAAAAGACAUGCUUAUGGAAAGAUCCAUCAGGAAACAGGUAUGUCCCUCCAUUGGUCUUCCCUUAGUUAAGCGGAUACUAUGCAAUUUUACUCCUGAUGAGUUCUGCCCCGAACCUGUCCCAGGAGCUGUCCUGGAGUUCAUGAAUGCUGAGAGUUUUGUGGAACGAAGAUUAUCAGAUGGGGAGUUAGUCGGUAACUUCCCAUGUACAGCAGCUCCAGUUGUUUAUACUCCUCCUUCCCUACUCGAUGCCACUGAGAAAAUCGGAGAUGUUGGAGGGAAAUCACAGUUGGAGAGGAAUAUGUCAAUGGUUCAAAGAAAAGGAUAUACCAGUGAUGAAGAACUGGAUGAAUUGGAGUCCCCUCUAACAUCCAUCAUUGACAAAAUGCCACCAUCUCCAACAAUAGGAAAUGGGAAUGGAAAUGGAAAGCAUAAACAAGAUACAGGUUACAGUGGAGGGCUCGUGAGAUACGGGCUACUCCGGGAGGUCUGGUCUGUAUGAGUGAUACUAAAUUAUGUAUGCGUAUAUGGGUAUCUCUUGUUUAUGUAUGUACAGACUUAAAAGUGGAUUUAGAAAGAGGAAAAGAAUAUAAUAUUUCUGCAAAUAUGUAUUAAAACAAAACUGGCUCUUGAAAAUCCCCUCUUAUAUAUAAAUUCCAACACAGGAGGCCUGUACAUGUGUAACAUGACAUUAGUUAUUCAGAUUUCUGUUGAUCAACUCU